CAUCUUCUCAUAUCCCAACAGGGAGAAGGCAAACAAAAGAAAAGAAAAGAUCUUUUUUUACGUUGUGAGUGUGUGUUUUUUUGUCAGGUCGUAGAAAUGGCUUCUGGAGGAUCAAAGUCUGCAGCUUUCAUGCUCCUGAUGCUAAAUUUAGGUCUCUAUUUCAUCGUCACCGUCAUCGCUUCUUGGGCUGUCAAUCACGGCGUCGACCGAGCACGUGAGACCGCGUCGGUGUUAUCGCUCCCUGCGCAUAUCUUCCCGAUAUUCUUCCCAAUGGGAAACAUGGCGACUGGUUUUUUCGUGAUAUUCUCACUGAUCGCCGGAGUUGUCGGAAUGGCGACGUCACUUUCCGGCAUCCAAAACGUUCUUGAAUGGGAUGCUCCUAAUCUUCACUCAGCCGCCGCCUCUUCCUUAAUCUCAUGGGCUCUCACUCUCCUCUCCAUGGGGCUGGCGUGUAAGGAGAUCAACUUAGGCUGGACAGAAGCGAAUCUGAGGACGCUUGAAGUGAUGACGAUAAUUGUGAGCGGAACACAGCUGCUGUGCACCGGAGCUAUCCAUGUCGGAGUUGGAGAAACCAUUUCCGACCAAAGAAAUCACCUCGGAAGAGUCUAACCCCCGACUUCUCUUUGGUCUGAUCCAUGUUCUCUGUGUGGUUUUACGACGAUUUCGUCGACAUGUCUAUAUGAAUCUGUGUGUUUGUGUCUGAGUGAUGGCUUCUUGGUUUUCUUGUUCUAUCAAAGACAUUGUAUUUGUUCCUAUCAUUCUUUCAUAAUAAACAAAAAAAAAAAAUAAACACAA